AUGAGGAAAGGUAAGUCUAACAUUUGAACCGAAAAUAAGUCUUCAAAUUUUCGAAUUCCUGUGAAGAUUCAGAUCCAUAAGAUUCAGAUUCAUAUCCAAACAUAAGAUUAUGACUCCAUCCAUUUCGUUUAUUUGCGCAUAAAGGUGGUCCAUUGCCAGCACCUGUUGUCUUAUCAACUCAUGUAGUAGAUGUUGAAGAAGAAUGCUCUCUGAAAUGCCUUGAAGAACUUCGCUGCUUUGGAUUUAAUUUUAACUCGGGAAUAACCGACAAAUAUAUCGGCAAAGAAAAUUGUCAAAUCAGUGGGAGGAGUUCGGAAAAUAUGGAAGUUAUGAAUGGCGAUGAUUGGAUAUUUUAUGAGGUUUUGUCGACAGUAAGUAAAAAGCUUUCAUCUUACACUGUAUAGGGUGUUCCCUUGGCCCAUCGAUACUUGACUUAAAAAACGACCAAGCUUAAGCAACUGUUCACCUUCUAGAAUCAUUUAAGGUGGGCACACAUGUGCCAACUUGUUCAAUUUAUGGAAAUUAGGUCUAAAAUAUUUUAAAAUGAGAUAUUUAAAGAGAAUUCCCGCCUAUCUACUCCUAAACUGAUAGUUUUUCUCUUUCGAUAGAAUGAAAUAAAAAAUCAGAGUGGCAUUACUGAGAAGCAAUUCGGUAAGUUACAAUUCAUUAUACUAUUUUAAUAAUAUUGAUAGUUUUUGUCUUUUGAACGCUUUCCGUCCCGUGCCUCCAGCUGCAAAGACUUUCCCCCGUAUACGUUUUGAUCACAUGCAGAUCUGAAAACUAGGAUGGAUCUAGGCAAUUCAAGCCGAAUUUUGAUGCCAGAAUAUUUACAAUGAGGAGAUAUUUUUAAAUCUGUCUCAUUCCUUACGAUUGGGUUACGAAUCAAAUGUUACGUGUUUAAAUUUGUUAUACUACCGAGCAAAUGUCUUCUUCUACGUAACAUGAAAAAUGUACUAGCUACUCAUGCCUCUUCAAAUGAGUUUUAGAUCGUUUUCAACACGAGAUAAUACUAGCGAGCUUAAGGCCAUGUUACACGCGGUGCAAUUUUUCUUGCAACUUGCAAUGCAAUUCUACUCUCGAGAGUCGAGAGAUGUUAAUUAGUGAAAUCAGUGAAGAAUUUUCGAUUUGUUGAGAAAACAUCAGCGGAGUGUAAUGAAGACUCGUAUUUGGCAAUUUUACAUCUCUCAAGAGUAGAAUUGCAUUGCAAGUUGCAAGAAAAAUUGCACCGUGUAACAUGGCCUUUAAGCAAGCGACGUUUUUGUCAACACGGACGUCAGACCGAGGGAGCUAGGACUGGAUUAAAAACCGUGGUUGUAUCAGUUUGUGGUAAUCUUCAAUACAUAUGACAAAAUAUAAGAUUUUUAAAGUUUUCUGCAUGCUUCCUUACACGAGCGCAGUAUGAGGCAAAAUGCCGUCAAAAUUAGUUAUACCAAUUUUCGGGUGACGCUCGUGUUGACAAAAUUAACGUCGCUUGCUUAACUCGCCAAUGAGACUUUUAUUUAUUUACUUUGCCAUCAUACUUAUACAUUCAUUGGCUGGGAAACCACAACAGCUAUUGCCAAUUACAGCGGCCCCAAUAGUUAUACAGAAACAAUUUACAAGGUAUACGAAACACACACAACAGACAAUACUUGAACAACAGUCAUUACAUUUGUCUAAAAGCAGCAUGUCAAUGGAGAGUUCAUUAAACUUCGAGCGGAAUUACAUUUUAUACACACACUUUUCCAUGUUCGGGGAUCCUCAACAUCGUAUGUAUUUUCUAAUGCUAAAAUAUAGUACUUAAAAAGAAGAUUCUUGAAUUCUGAAAAUGUUAGGUCUUUGGAUGUAAUAUAAUUGGGUAGUGUGUUCCAUAUUCUUGAUGUUCGGAUUUUGAGGUGGCCAUUGCAGCAUGAGCUCCACCUUUGAAUUUGCUAUAUGAGUAAAUUGUUAAACACGUCCGAAUUUAUCAAUAUGAUAAAUUCGCGGCACCUAUAUAACCCCUAACACUAACCGCCUAACCCUAAUUUAACUUUUUAAACUUUUUUUGAAAAUCUAACUUUUUUUACUUUUUUUUAUUUUUUAAACUUUUUUUGAAAAUCUCAUAUUUUGAUCUCAUAAAAUGACAUAUUUUGGUAGAAUAAUUUUGCCUAGCGAAAUGAUCAAAUUGCACGGACUUGAAAUCUAGUCCAGUCCUCAUAUGGUCGGAUUUGAAAUAUUACAUUCAAGAUGGUGGAAUGCUAACGAUUUUGUCUGAAAUGAACGAAAAUAUCUUUUAUACUCAACAAAAACCGCAGAAUUUUCCAUAUAAACAAUAGAUUACUUCAUGGUUGUUGAGUGUGUACGAUAUUUAUUUGCGCGAGGUGUGAAGGAUCGCAUAAGAUUCCAUUUAAUGUUUCAUGGGAAAUAAAAACGCAAUUCAUGUUUUACCUCCCUGUGAACAUAAUGCCCAGGGGCCGGUUGUUCAAAGCUAGGUUAGCUUAACCCUCGGUUAACCUAAAAUUCAAAGCAAACUUCCCGAUAUAGCUUGUCUAUAAAUUUGGAGAUAUUUCUUCAGAGAUCUUUUCUGGAUCGAUAGGAGUUUACUUCUCUGAAGUUUUGAAAUAAACAGACGUGCAGAAAUACACAAUCUAAAACAGCGGGUUAAAUUUUAACCCAGGGUUAGCGUUAACCCACCUUUGAACAACCGGUCCCAGAUGGGCAGAGACUUCGUCGAUCGUUUGCAUUUGAUUAUACUCUUUCCAAUAUUCUUUAUUUUUCUGUUCAGAUCAAAAUUGCUCUGGCAACUGGACGAAGUUUGGUGGUCCGCAUUGUUACUAUCUCAGUGAGGAAACUGCGACGUGGCCUGUUGCACGAGCCGACUGCCAAGCACGUGGUGGCGACUUGGCAGUACCAAGAUCGAAGGAAAACGAGCAACAUAUGUACGAGGCUAUGAAGGAACGCAAUAUCAGCAGAGCAUACAUAGGAGUAUAUAGGGGUACAGGAGAUCUCAGGAACAGGUUUUACACCGUGGAAAACGACGUCGAGGCAUCCUAUACCAAUUGGGCCAAAGACGAACCAAAUAAUGGUGGUGGCAACGAAGAUUGCGUCGAAAUAAUAGUGGAUACUAGUGGAUGGAAUGAUCUUCCUUGCAGCAACCACCCCCGACAUUUUAUCUGUGAACUGAAAUUAUAAAAUUACGAAAGAGUCACAAGGUAUCAUAGGGACUCCUUUUUAAGAUUUUAAAUAGUACGUCACCAAUGGUCGGCUUGCAUGUUAGACUAAAUUUUAAUCCAAGUAAAGAGAAAGGGAAUCAAACACCCGAG